UACAAAAAUCCCUCACGUGACCUGAUCCUAGGUGCCUAGGGACAGCCAUGGGGACAGCAUCGUUUAGGGAUUUUUGAGAAGGCGCGAUGCUGGCGCCGAACGACGCCGUGGCGUGUUCGUCCUCGGCAUGAUCGUUCUCUGGACCGCGCGUUGUUCAACAUUGCACAUGUGAUUGUACGUGCGUUGCUUGUGUGUUGGUUGUAGGUUCUGUGUUACUUGGCGGAAAGCCGUGAGUAGUGGUGGUGCGGCAGGGCGGCUUUGGCCUCGGUGAGCUCUGGCAGUACAGAAUCUGCGUUGUGUGACCCGAGCUUUCUUGAGAACCCGGCGGUGGUGACAAUUGAAAUAAUGAAGUGGCCUAGCGCCUUGGCAGCGAACCGCGAUGUGGCGUCGCCGUGUCCGACUUUGCUUAACGGACAUCGAGGGAUGUGCUGCUCGCUGCAAGUCAUGUAAAUGCAACUGCGUCGACCGCCCACUGUCCAGCGCUGAAUGUGUGUUUGGUGUGCUGUGCUUGAAACGAUUGAUGCAGCCGUGCAGAGGGGGUGGCGGAGUAGCAGAGUGGCUCCGUUUGCAUCUUGUACGCGUUCCAAAAUAGAACGGACCGCCUCCGUUCUAAACGUCACGAAAUAGGCGGUUCGCAGUGUUCGCGAGAACGAGAGGAAGCAAACAGCCAAUGAGCGAAGUGGAAGCCUGCGUCACGCUUUUGACGUCUGCUUGGGGACCGUAUAAUAUAUUGAGAAGCGUUUGCAACAUGUUGAGAAAUAUUUUGCUAUUAUGAGUGAGUAGCAAAAUGUGUUGGUGUUGCUUUUCAAAGAUUCAAUUUGGAAUGGAAAACGACUGAAACAAAAUAUUGCGGUUAAUGUCUUCAAAUGGCGCUAGGUGGUGUCGCAGUUUUGCGAAACGUUUAGUGAUGGCGCUAGCCACUACCCCGUUUCAAGCACACGGCGCGAAUUUUGAAGCGGUUGGUUCAGUCGUUCAGUCGAGCACUGGAAGCCAUGGCGCUAAACGUGACAGCACCGGUGAAGGGGCCACGUGUGUCGGAGGGGCAGAGAGAGACGGUGGUCGCCUUCAUGGAAGCGCAUCCCCAGCUGGCUAUAAGAUCCAGCGAGCUGGGGCCGCGCUUCACUGCUGGCGACCGCCGACGGCUGUGGCAGCAGCUAGCGGACCAGCUCAACACUCAAGGCCCCGUUGUGAAAACCACUGAGCAGUGGCAAGAGUGGUGGCGGAAGCAGGUGUUCGAGGCCCGCCGCAACGCUGCCGCACUUGCCCAAGAACAAAGAAGCACAGGAGGGGGGCGGCUCCAUGGCUUUCAUGGCCGAGUCCUGGAGCUCACCGGGACGGUCCGCCUCCACGGUGUGACCGACCUCCCCUACCAAGAGCAGGCUGACGUCCCCACCUGCGCGAUGGAAGUCGUCGUGCAAGGCGAGGCUGCGGGCGUGAGCACAGCGACACCGGCAGAGGAUCCACCGCGCGGCGCGGCGCCUGCCGAAAGGGUGGCCGCUGCACCUGUGUUGCAGCACCCUGUUCGGCCACCACGUCGACAGCGACCGCGACGGGUGGAUACCCUGACGACGAUGUCGUCGCAGUGCGCCCGCAGCCUGGAACAGGGCGACGAGGUGCUGCAGGUGCUGCGCAGAAUCGAGGCCUCCACGACCCGCCUCGCUGUCGCGGCAGAGCGGACGGCAGCAGCCCAGGAGGGGAUCCUGGAGCAGGUGCGCGCCAUAGCGCAGGACAUCACUGAGCACCUGCAGCAAGCAAGACAUUAA